AGGUACCACAACUCCUACAAAUUAAAUUACUUGUUCAUUAUUUUCUUCUCUAGACUAGUCGUCAUUUCUUCGAUGGGUCGAUCUCCGUGUUGUGAUAAAGUUGGCCUGAAAAAAGGACCUUGGACACCUGAAGAAGAUCAAAAACUCUUAGCUUAUAUCGAAGAACAUGGUCAUGGUAGCUGGCGCGCAUUACCUGCCAAAGCUGGACUUCAAAGAUGUGGUAAGAGUUGCAGGCUCAGGUGGACUAAUUACCUUAGGCCUGAUAUCAAGAGAGGAAAAUUCACUUUACAAGAAGAACAAACCAUCAUUCAACUUCAUGCUCUCUUAGGGAAUAGGUGGUCGGCCAUAGCCACUCAUUUACCUAAACGAACAGAUAACGAAAUCAAGAAUUAUUGGAAUACUCAUCUUAAGAAACGGCUAGUGAAAAUGGGGAUCGACCCGGUAACCCACAAGCCAAAGAACGAUGCCUUGUUGUCCAAUGACGGUCAGUCUAAGAACGCGGCUAACCUUAGCCACAUGGCUCAGUGGGAAAGUGCCCGGCUUGAAGCCGAAGCUAGACUCGCUAGACAAUCUAAACUCCGUUCCAAUAGUUUCCAAAAUUCACUCGCUUCUCAAGAAUUUACCGCUCCUUCACCUUCUAGUCCUCUUAGCAAACCCGUUAUGGGCCCAGCACGUUGUCUCAACGUGUUGAAAGCCUGGAACGGUGUUUGGACCAAACCAAUAAAUGAAGGUUCCAUCGCGAGUGCUAGUGCUGGUAUUUCAGUCACUGGAGCACUCGCGAGGGAUUUGGAAUCUCCUACGUCUACACUAGGCUAUUUUGAAAAUGCGCAACAUAUUUCAUCAUCAGGAAUUGGAGCAAGUUCGAAUACAGUUUUAUAUGAAUUUGUUGGAAAUUCAUCAGGUUCUAGUGAAGGUGGAAUUAUGAAUAAUGAGGAAAGUGAAGAAGAUUGGAAGGAAUUUGGAAACUCAUCAACUGGACAUUUGCCUCAAUACAAUAAAGAUGUUAUUAAUGAAAAUUCAAUUUCAUUCACAUCAGGACUACAAGAUUUAACUCUACCAAUGGACACAACAUGGACAGCAGAGUCGUUAAGGUCAAAUACAGAGCAAAUUUCCCCUGCCAAUUUUGUGGAGACAUUUACAGAUCUAUUGCUUAGCAAUUCCGGCGAUGGCGAUUUAUCGGAAGGCGGUGGCACGGAAUCCGAUAACGGAGGGGAAGGUAGUGGCAGUGGAAAUGCAAGUGAGAACUGUGAAGAUAACAAGAAUUACUGGAAUAGUAUUUUUAACUUAGUGAAUAAUCCUUCUCCGUCUGAUUCAGCUAUGUUCUAAUUAGAUUAGUUUUUUUAAAUUUUACUAGUGAUUUUGAGUUAAUAAUUUCUUAAUUAUUGUGUUCAUGUGUGUGUGUGUGUGUGUGUGUUACAGCAAAUGACUAGUGUGGUGUGAAAUUUACAAGUGUGGAGAAAAAAACACCAUGUGUAGAUUUGACUAUUUAUCUUCUUUGACCUCAUGUUCAUUGUCUUCAU